GUACUGCGUGCCUGAAAGUCAAAAAGAAAGAAAUCAAUAUCGCUAGCCCAGAUUCUACUUACUCAAAGAAAGAGAAAAAUACAAGAGAAGAUAUCGAACGUAUUGAUGUUAACGGGGAUCUCUAUGCUCUACCUGAUAAAAAUAAGAGUACCAAAAAGGUGAAAAGUUUAAUUAAUUUGAAAGAGAGGAAUGCUCAUAAAAUGAUACAAUAGCAUAAGAAAUUAUCUAAUUUAGACUAAACUAAGAUGGGCUAUUAAAUUCACUUUAAUAGUACUUUUGAAAUUGUUCUCUCUAAAGGUCCAGUAAGUAGCUCUCGUGUGCGGCGGGCUUUACAAGAUGAUAACAACUUGUUCCAGACAUGUCAACAACUGGGAACAAGCAGUGCGAACACAUCUUGUUGACAAGCUGUGAGAUGUUUGCGCGUAUUCACGUAAAAACACACAAGUUUUAACAAACCUGCAGCAGACUUGUAGAAAUUCUAUUUCAACAGCUUGUCAACAGGAUGUAUUCGCACUGCUUGUUCCCAGCUUGUCGACAACUUUCUACAUGAUUAUUGAGCUCAACAGACAAGUUGUUCCAAUGUUUCGUCCUGCAAUUCAACAAUUUGUCGACAAGUUGUGAGUGAUAACCUUGCAACAACUUGAUAAAAUAGCAGCAUUGUUACAACUUGUUGACAAGCUUGCUACAAGCCUGUUGCGAACACAUCUUGUUGCCACGUUGUGAGAUUUGUACCUGUGUAGCUUUAGACACUAACACCCAAUGUGCCAUUGGCAUUGAAACCAACUAUACUUUUAUAUGACUGAUGUUUUUUUAAUCUAUACAGAUUAAUGGUUUAAACUACAUGGAUCCUUCACGGUUGGUUUCUGGCAGUCAAGACGGAAAUGAAAGCCAGGCUCAAUCAGGCCAGCCUACUGAAUACGCAGAAGUUGUGGGAGUCAUUAAGCCAGCGCCGAAAAAAACCCAAAAAGAAAAAAUGAACGCAAGUAUUAAAUGA